CCUCCUUUGAGCCAAUUCCAGAUGUCUCCUCCAAGACCUUAAAGGACCUCUCCGGCUCCUCAUCUCCAUUUCUGGGAGGGAGGGAAGGGGGGGCGCCUCCCCUUGCAGCAGAGGGUCUGUCUUCAGGGCCUUUCGCAAGGCCAUGGGCCCACCCCCCGCCUCCCCUUCCCCUCCUUUCCCCCCGAAGCCGGCGUUGUUUUUGUGAAGGAGAAGAAGAUGGGAAGGCCGGCAGCAUUUUGCCCUUCAGCCGCAUCUGGACGAAGUGGUGAGGGAAGGAAGCCGGUGCUCGCUGCCUAGCUGCAAGCCAACCUUUUGUUUGCACCUCCCUCUUCGGCAUUGCACUCACCAAGGCUGAGCCCCCCGCGGCGGAUCCGAGGCCGGCCCCGCUCCGCCGCCGCCGCUUAUGCAACACAUCAUCGAGAACCACCCGGACAUGGCCACGGCGCUGCUGGCGGGCGAGAAACUCAAGGAGCUGAUCCUGCCGGGCGCGCAGGACGACAAGGCGGGCGGCUCCCUGGCCGCGCUGCUCCUCCAGCUCAAACUCGAGCUGCCCUUCGACCGCGUGGUCACCAUCGGCACCGUCCUCAUCCCCAUCCUCCUCGUCACCCUCGUCUUCACCAAGAACUUCGCCGAGGAGCCCAUAUACUGUUACACACCCCACAACUUCACGCGUGACCAAGCCUUGUAUGCCCGAGGAUACUGUUGGACAGAACUAAGAGAUGCCUUGCCAGGAGUCAAUGCCAGCCAUUGGCCCUCCUUGUUUGAGCAUAAGUUCCUUCCAUAUGCCUUGCUGGCUUUCGCUGGCAUUAUGUACAUUCCAGCACUUGGCUGGGAAUUCCUGGCCUCCACCAGACUGACGUCUGAACUUAACUUUUUGCUCCAGGAGAUAGAUAACUGCUACCACCGAGCUGCAGAAGGUCGUGCACCCAAAAUUGAAAAACAAAUCCAAUCCAAGGGCCCUGGGAUUACAGAGCGAGAGAAACGAGAGAUCAUCGAGAAUGCUGAGAAAGAAAAGAGUCCGGAGCAAAAUCUGUUUGAAAAAUACCUGGAACGGAGAGGGCGCAGUAACUUCUUAGCCAAACUUUAUCUUGUGAGACACUUGUUCAUCAUCUUCCUGAGCAUUAUCCCAAUCACUUAUUUGUCCACGUACUAUGCUACCCAGAAACAAAAUGAGUUUACUUGUGCUCUCGGACAACCUCCCGACAAAACAAGCCAUUCCAAAUUACUCAUCCGGGUGAACUGCAAACUGCCAUCUGUUCAACUACAACGGAUCAUUGCUGGUGUAGACAUUGUCCUCCUCUCCUUCAUGAACUUGAUUAUUCUCAUCAAUCUAAUCCAUCUUUUCAUCGUCCGCAAAUCCAAUUUCAUCUUUGACAAACUGAACAAGGUGGGCAUAAAGACUAAAAAGCAGUGGCAGAAGUCUCAGUUCUGUGACAUCAAUAUCCUAGCGAUGUUUUGCAAUGAAAAUCGAGACCACAUCAAGUCACUGAACCGCUUGGAUUUCAUUACCAAUGAAAGUGAUCUGAUGUAUGACAAUGUGGUGCGCCAGCUGCUUGCAGCAUUAGCCCAAUCCAAUCACGAUGUCACCCCAACCGUACGCGAUUCUGGGAUACAAACCAUAGAUCCCAGCAUUGAUCCCACAGACAUCGACCCUAAUGAGCACCUGGUCAUUAAGCGGCCCCGGAAGAAAAUGAAAUGGAUACCAAGUACAAAUCCUCUUCCACAACCAUUUAAAGAGCAGUUAACGAUUAUGAAAGUUGAGAACAACAAGUCUGAGAAGCCCAAACCAGUGCGUCGGAAAACCGCAACAGACAGUCUGGUUGCUCCUUUGCUUGAGUCCAACUCAAAAAACCCUCAGACAUCUUUGUCCCAAAAAACUGUAUCCAGCACCCUCUCCAGCACAAGUGGUGAGAAAAAGCACACCCGGCACUUUUCAUUAGAUGUUCACCCAUAUAUCCUUAGUAACAAGAAACCCAAGCCGGAGAUUCAACCGAUUACCUCUAUGGCAACAUCCAAAAGCCAAGGGAGUGGAUUUCUAAGCCAAGAAGAGAAAGUCAUAGUGCACGUCACCUCCUCUCUCAAAGACUCUUCCAUUCCUGGCAAAGAUACCCUUUACUCACAUGAAACAUGCAGAACUGUGCCUGCUGCUGCGGCUUUCCUCACCUGUAAACACAACCAUAUAGCAACUGCUGGUGUUACAGCAAAGGUCAUUUUGCCCCAGGUCAGCAAGGCUGAGCCAAUGCCCACCCUGAACUGUAACCCAACGCACCCUCUUCUGCAUAUCAAUACUCUGUAUGAAGACCACGAAGAAGAGGAGUCGGACCUUAUAGCUGAUUCGUUAGACAAUGCAAUUCACUCACCAACCGAAGCAGGGGAUAUCAUCUCUAUACCUUCCACGAAGCAAAUCAUGUUGGCAACUUUCGAUGAACCAUUGGCAAUAGUGAACUCUAUAGAGUAUUGAUGGCCACAAGCUGAUGCUGAUCAAAGCUUGAGCCUGACACCUCACCACCUAGUACCACUGUAAUGUGAACCAUGCUGCCCCAGAAAUGCCACACACUGCAUGAGCCUGGAGUGCUGAAACACAGUCCAUAGGUUUCACUAAUACUCCAAAUCGGUUGUUCAGGGUAGUGUCAUGUCUGCUAUCAAUAGCUUGCAGAAUAUAAUGAUAACAAUAAGAAUGCCAGCCAAAUUAUUCUAUGCUUGGAGUUACCAAGAAACAAAGCACAAAGACAUUUAGCUGUAGCUUCAUAAAUUCAGUGUGGAUUACUCCAACUAUCCAAAUAUCUAAAGCGUUUAAGUGCAUGUCACACAGUGUUUCUUAAACAAAGCACUUCUAGCCUUGGUGGUCCAGCUCACAAUAUAAAGUAAUGAAGCACAUGAACAUGUACAAUAUUUAUUCUUCCAUUUUCAAGAAAGCAUAAAAUUGUGUUUUGUUUCUAAAGUUUAAAAAAGAUUGGGGUUUCAAAAAAGAAAACAAUAAAGACUAAAAUCCAAUUGUUGGCCCUAGCUAGAGUUUACUCAUUGAAUCCAUUGGAAAUAUUAUGUCAGCACUUACAUAAAUGUCAUGGAUUCAAUAGGCCUUUUCUAUCUGGGGUUGGUAGCAACCUCACCCCACAAGGGGCUGGAGAGAAGUAGGGAGAGUCAUCUUAUCACUUCUAUUCAUUUUAAAGGUGGAAUCCCAUGGAGCCUGUCAAAUGAUGCAGGGAUGCUUCUGGUUGAUUUCGUGUUUGAAGUGUAUAGAAAAGAAGACUUGUGAAGCCAGGGAAGAAUCGGCUUCACUGCUCUCCAUGCACAUAGAAAUGGCUGAAACUCAGUAUUUAAGGUGGAAAGGAGAUGUUGGAUUUUAAUGUGGAAUGGGAACUGUUGUUAAAUUAAAGGCCACUGAAU